AAAUAUUUACAAAAAUUACAAGUAUGGAAUCAAGUUUUCAGGAGGAAUUUAAAAAGACGUGGCUUACGUCACUUAUAGGUAUUGGUUUGUUAUGCGCCGGGACGUUUGUUUUGGCUUGGAAUGAGGGUCGGGCUGUUCACCACGCGCAUUCAUUGGAUGAGGCGUAUGAAAAUGUGAUUCCGUUAAAUGUUUAUGAACCUUUGCAGCCUGAAUAUGACGGAAGGUUGGUUCACAUCGCUGGACCUCUUCUGAUCGACGAACCAUUAACCGAACCCGAUUACGGUGUCUCGAUCCAAGCUGUUAAAUUGAAGAGACGCGUGCAGAUGUUCCAAUGGGUUGAAGAAAAGAGCGGAUUGAAUUUUAACAGCGUACACGACGAAUACGAUAGGAGCGACGCGGAAUAUCACUAUUUCACUGAAUGGAGGGAUAAACUUGUCAAUAGCAAUAGCUUUUACAUUAGGCAUGGACAUCACAAUCCGACCACGAUGCCUCUGAAAACGCACGUAUACGUUUCUCCUUUGGUCAGAGUUGGUCAACUGUAUUUGGGAUCUGAGAUCAAGAAUAAAUUCACGGAUUACGCGGAAAUGACCAGCGACGAGAGACCGGAAAGGCGUGAUAUCAAAUUGCAUUUGGGAAUCUACUAUCAUUGCGAUGAUGUUUGGAAUGCUGAAGUCGGGGAUAUCCGAGUGCAGUUCUACUAUGCGGGACAUAAUGGAGAACCGGUCAGUGUGAUUGCUCUUCAGAAAGAUGGAACGUUGGUGCCAUACGAAACCAGCAGGAAACAUCAGUUGGGUUUGGUCAGACACGGGAUUCUUACGGUUAAACAAAUGUUCGAUGCCGAACACUCCGACGCCAAAUUGGAAACUUGGAAGUUCCGAGCUGUCGGUUUGUUCGCUCUCUACGCAUCAAGCUUAUGCUUAGCUCGAUUGUUAGCGGUUUUAUGUUUGAAAUGGCCGAGACUGAAGCAGGUGUAUUCUGGGGACAUCGGAGCAGCCAGUUGCAUGGGUCUAGCAUUCUCCGUUGCACUCUUCGUCGUUUCCUUGAGUUGGUUGGCGCACAGACCCAUGAUUGGCUUAGGUCUUCUGACCGCCUCCUUCAGCCCAUUUAUUUAUUGCCUUUUAUCUAUUUUCAAUCCAAACGUUAAUGCUCAUCACAAUAGAUAAGUUUAUAAUAGCGAAUGAAAUAAAACAAACAGUUUGCGCACG